UUUCGUGCGCGUUCGCGAGGCAGAGUUACAGAACCGUGCACGCGCGAGCGUCCAGAAGCCGGAAACAUGGCGGCGCUCAUGUCACUGACUCAGAUAUCAAACGGAAACCCAGCAUAUGAAACCUUCUACAGACAGGUGGACCCAGGAAACAUGGGCAAAGUUGGUGCAGCUGAAGCCGCUCAGUUUUUGAAGCGGUCAGGACUUUCAGACAGUACUCUGGGGAAGAUCUGGGAUUUGUCAGACCCAGAGAGAAAGGGCUACUUGGACAAGCGGGGCUUCUUUAUUGCACUAAGGCUCGUGGCUUCAGCACAGUGUGGUGGUGAUGUCGGUCUGGCCUGCCUGAGCCAGACUGUGUCAGUUCCUGCCCCUAAAUUCAGAGACACAGGCAGCCCUUCUCUCAUACCAACAUCUUUCGGUGACUCCACAUGGGCAAUGAAGUUUGAUGAAAAAGCUAAGUAUGACAGCAUAUUCGAGAGUCUCUUGCCCAUCAAUGGGCUUCUGUCAGGAGAUAAAGUCAAACCGGUCCUCAUCAAUUCGAACCUGCCGCUCGAUGUGCUCGGGAAGAUCUGGGAUCUCAGUGACAUUGAUAAAGAUGGACAUUUGGAUAAAGAAGAGUUUGCAGUGGCUAUGCAUUUGGUCUACCGAGCCCGAGAGAAAGAACCUGUUCCUUCCAUCUUACCGACAUCCAUGAUCCCUCCAUCCAAGAGGAAGAAGAGUGCAGUCGCUCUGGUCGGCUCUGUGCCCGUUCUGCCCUCGAGUCCUUUCCGUCUUAAAGAAAACCUUCGACCCACGAUGCCUCUCUCCAAGAGCCCUCUGACCAUCACUUCCAACCUCUCACCUUCAAACUCCUUUAGGAGCCACAGCCCAAGUCCUAGUCUCAGUCCUGCACCACAGCUGCCUGUUUCAGCAAACUGGGUGGUGCCUCAGGAUGACCGAGAGCAGUAUGAGGAAAUCUUCGAGCUAGCUGACUCUGAUUUCGACGGUAUGGUUGGAGGAGGUGAAGUUAAGGACAUCUUUAUAAACUCAGGGCUGCCCCAGAGUGUCCUGGCCCACAUCUGGUCACUAGCAGACACCAAAAGUGUGGGCAAAUUGACCAAAGAGCAGUUCUGUCUGGCCAUGCAUCUUAUUCAGCAGAAAGUUAAAGGUGUUGAGCCUCCUCAGACCCUGAGUCCUGAUAUGAUUCCUCCUUCAGAGAGGAGCUCUGCUGCUUCUACCGCAAUCUCAUCAGAAAUCUCCUCAGGAGUCAGUUUUGAAUUGACCGGACUGUCGAAUAUGUCCAGGGAGGUCAUUAGUUCAGUGGUGCCAGUGGAGUUGACAGGAAACAAAGAACUUGACGACAUUAGCCAGGAAAUCGCACAGCUUCAGAGUGAGAAGCGCGGCAUUGAACAAGAGAUCAGGCAGAAGGAGGAGGCCCUUCGUCUGAAGAACAGCGACCUUCAUGCCAUGCAAGUGGAUUUGGAGCAAGAGAACAGCAGUAUGAAAGACCUGGAGCGACAGACAUUUGGUGCUCAGAACAGACUACAGGAGAUGGAGCAGCAGAGGAGCAAACUGGAGAGCAAAGUGAACGAGGCCAAGAUCAAGGUCCAGGAGGAGAGCAGCAAGAUCUCCUCUUUGCAAACACAGAUCAUAUCUCAGGAGACAACUCAGCAUACACAGGAGAAGGAGGUGAACAGGACCAAGACGGACUUGUACUGCCUGGAACAGGAGGAGAAGCAGCUGGAGGAGAAUCUGAAUGCAGGAAAAGCCAAGCUAGAGAGCAUCCUGAAACUGCUCAGAACCUCUAAAAAUGAGAUGGAUGAGGUACGGGAAGAAAUCUUGCAGAUCCAAGAGAACCAGAAGGAGCUGAAUAAGACAAUCGAACGCUUUGACAAAGUUCUCAAUGGCAGCGUAAUCAAUUUGGCUGAAAUCGACCAGCUCCUUGCUGAAGAAGGCUCAGGACUCAGCAGCUCAGUGGACUCUUCCUCCUUCAAGUCGAGGCUGGCCAUGUUUAAUAACAACGGUGCUCAGAACUACAGCGUGGAUCCCUUUCAGACCGAGGACCCCUUCAAAAGCGACCCCUUCAGUAAAGCUGACCCAUUCGGUGGAGAUCCCUUCAAACAGAGCGACCCGUUCAGAGACCCUUUCAGCAGCUCGGAUCGCUUCAGCAGUCCCACCAGCACUGUAAACGCCAGCCCUUUUGGAAGGCAACGGAACCUCGCAUCUGUCGGUUCUCCUAAGUUUAAAGACUCAGAUCCCUUUGCUCCGACGGACACUUUUGGCGGGAACGGUGGCUUUGCCGACUUUGGAAAUAUGUCAAAGGGAUCCAGUGGGCACCCUAUAGGCCGAAAACCCACCUACCCGCUACCUCCACCCAAAAAACCUGUACCAGCCAGACCAGCGCCACCUCCAUAUGGCACAAGUUCAGCAGGAACUCGUAGAGGAGUUGCUGCUCAUAGACAAACACAAGGUGUUCCCCGUAUUCCGAAGCCUCACGAGGAUCCUCUCUCCUCGUCGCAGUCCAGUAGAACCGCCUUAACAGACUCUCUUGCUCUUGCAGACCUUAGAGCCUUCGGAAAUGAAGUGGAACAGCUGGAGUGGGCCAAGCGAGAGAGUAAGAGGGAGGAGGAUCGCCUGAGGAGGCUCCGCGUCCAGGAGCAGCAGGAUCUGGAGCUGGCACUCGCUCUCAGCCGGGUCGACAUGUCCAGAACGUAAGGCCAGUCCACAGUGCCUUGUCCAGAGCCCUACACUGCACCGUAACCAUCCUAAAUACCGCUUCCUCCGAGGGUAAAAAACAACAGAACACAAGGUCCAUUGAAAUCCUCACUGUCGAGCGUUCCCCUGAGCUUUGAGGCUCACAUAACUCAGUUGUUUUCUCUGCUGCUAAAAUUGCACUCUGUCCCACGCUGCCUUACACACAGGCAAACCAAGUCUCUCAUGGGUGUUUCCCAAGUUCUAAUUAAAACGCAUGUGAUAUGCCUUUAGACCAUACUGAACAACUGAUCAGAGGUUGUAUGAACUAAACAUAGACUCCUACUUUAUAAUAUAGAAAUCUGUUGUUGUAUUUUUUUUUAUGGAGCACUAAAUUUUUACCAAAUACAACAACAGUAGAAGAGAAAGCUUCACAACCAGGGGGUUUGAUUCAGACGACUCUUCUCCUUCUGCUCUGUUUGCUUUGGCGCCGAAACGAUUUCCUUAUUGAACUGUAAUCAACACGAGAGCCGUUUAUCAACACGUUGAAGCAGUACCGUCACUAGUAGGUGCUUGUUUUGUUCUUCCUUUUUUUUAUUAUUAUUAAAAAUCUAAUUUAUUAGUAAAACAGCACAUCAUUUAGACCAAAUACUGUCCAAAGAAUGUUACAGACCGCCUCCUUAUUCAUAUGAACCAUAUCAGACUAGUAUUUCUAGACUAGUAAAAUGGCUAAUACUCCUCACUCGAAGCUUUCUGAAAGGUCACAGGCUGUUUAUCCAAAGUUGUUGUUGUUGUUGUUGUUUUUAACUGGCGUAUUCGAUGAUAUUUCCGACUAGCCAAAACCAUCUAGCUGACAGCUUAUUGGAAAUGUAUCGAAGGUUAAUGUAUAUGUCACAUGCUAGGCUUCAUGCUAGAUCUCCGCUACUUCUUUCAGGGCUUAAUUUUCCUUUUUAAUGUCUCUAAAUGCAUUUGACGAUAUAUAUAAUUAAUGUUUCUCUACCAGUCUGGUGCAUCAAGCACUAAUUGCAAGUAGGAAUUAAAGUCGUAAGGGCUGGAGCCGUAUAACGCACCACGGGAUUCUCGACGAAUCAUUCGAGCCGUCGUGUGGAUCAGUCAGUUUGUGGGAUACGAACGCUUGCUUGUCAUGCAUUCGCUUGCGAUCGACACUCGCAUACGUGUGCGAAUGUCUGAAGACUGAAGACAUCACCAAGACAUCGUGCACUGCACAUCUGUGUUUCUUCAAACACACGACUUAAGUGUGAUUCUGGUGGAUCUUCAUUCAUCAUUAAAGCUUUUCUGUAAUUAAAUGGUUUUUAUUACACAUAUGCAAACACUCAGAGUAAGUUAUCAGUUAUCAGCAUACACUUUAAAUCUGAUUCCCAGCCUGAGAGUUUUGUGUAGUUUUAAGAGUGUGAUUGAAUUUUUUUUUAUAAGUAACCCACACCGAGCGUGCAAUUUUUCUGUUUGUUUUUGUGCUGGUGGUGAAAUGCUGUGUAUGAUGACGACAUUUGAACUGACGCAGGAAAAAUUGCGGUGCACCCGAGGUCCUAAUGAAGGUUUUUUUUUUCCCUUUCUUUUUCUUAUGGCCUUAUACUGUAUAUGGUGUUAUUUCUUUGUUCUAAUAUAUUUAUUGUGUUUGUCAAACACUAUGUUUAUAAUAUUUCCAGUUUCUAUACAUCGGUUAUAAAAUGUAAGAUAAAUAUUUAUAUUUUGUUCAGCAGAACGGAGUGUGUGUGUGUGUGUGUGUGUGUGUGUGUGUGUGUGUGUGUGUGUGUGUGUGUGUGUGUGUGUGUGUGUGUGUGUGUGUGUGUGUUCUGCACAUAUGGAUUGAAGGUCCAAAAAUGAUGGAAUUGUUGGAAAUUGGAUUUUAUUUGCUUAACUUUGCUAUUAAACUCAAACAACAUGUGAA